ACAAAGUUAAUUAGUUCCUCCCUGGCUUUUGGUUGGUGCUCGCAUCUCGCUCUCCGUCUCGCCUGUCUGGUUCUUUGGAUAGUUGUUUCCUGAUUUGGGUUUUUGCUCCCGGUAAACCAGUCCACUUUGCUCCAAGGGGGCUGCUAUUUUUAGUAUAUAUGUGUGCGAUGCUCUAGGCAGGUCUCGUCUCCCUGUCUGCCUUAUCUAGCCUGCUUCUUGGACUGGUAACAGAAAGUUCAUGGUUCCCCCCUCUUCUCCCAGCCAUCACGGUUCCACUAAUUUGCUUGCAGCUUGCAAGUUCUUCGCGAGUCAGAGGAAGCUUGCAACUGUACCCAUCUCCAAAAAAAAAUUCUCCGAAUUGUCUGUUGUCCUUUUUUUUGUACUUCGGUAGCUGCUUAGCCAAAGAAAAGAAAGCAAUUAGCUCUGAACAGUUCGAUGGUGGAUCGUACAACUUGCACGGCCAUUCCUGGAGGGAUGGAGGAGUGCAGUGAGUACAGAUGCUGGGAGGAGCUACUGCCAGAUGCCCUGGGCCUCAUCUUCCGCAACCUCUCCCUUCAGGAGAUGCUCACCGUGGUUCCCCGGGUUUGCAAAUCCUGGAGCCGGGUGGUCGCGGGGCCCUACUGCUGGCAGGAGAUCGACAUUCAGGAGUGGAGCCAGCAGCAUAGCAAGCCUGACCAGCUCAUCCGCAUGGUUCAUACGCUCAUAGCUCGUAGCGGGGGCUCAUUCCGCCGCAUUAGCUUGUCCGGGCUUCCCAACGACUCAUUGUUCACCUUCAUCGCCGACCACGCACGAUCUCUUAAGACGUUGGAGCUUCCAAGGAGUGGGAUCAGUGACUGCAUAGUGGAAGAUGUAGCACAAAGACUGUCCAAUGUUACGUUCUUGGAUGUGAGCAGCUGCACCAAGAUCGGCGCCCGUGCUCUGGAGGCAUUUGGCAAGAACUGCAAAUCCCUCGUCGGACUUCGGCGAGUCAUGCACCCCAUAGAUGUCGCUGGCAAGCUUUGCCAGCAUGAUGAGGCCCGUGCCAUUGCCUGCAGUAUGCCAAAGCUACGCCAUCUCGAGAUAGGCUACAUGCUCAUCGCGACCAAGGCUGUUCUUGAGAUUGCCUCCCAGUGCCAUGACCUCAAGUUCUUAGACCUGCGUGGCUGCUGGGGCGUCGACAAUGAGUUCUUGCAGGAGAAGUAUCCCGGGCUGGAAGUCCUAGGCCCUUGUGUGGACGACUGCUACGAGAACAGCUUCUGGGAGGAGUGCUCAGACGACUCGGAUGAUGACUCCAUCUAUUCAUGGGAGUUCAUGGAUGAUGACUACUAUGCCAUCGGGAGCGACGACGAGGGCAUAUGGGACGACGGCCAGGGUCUGGAAGGCUUAGAGGUGAGGUUCUACGGCGGAGUCGGUGAAGGCUAUGCUGGUUUUGAUUGGCCGCCGUCUCCAUGAAUGCCCGAUCAAGUUCUUGAGAGAAGUGUCUGCUUGCUCCUGGUGCUAUGGUGCUCUUGUAUGUUUCAGUUUCUUCCGUGUUAUGUGUGUUUGUAAUUGUGUCAUCUGUAGCUUGCAGAUAUUUGAAGUGAACUAUAAAAACUUUGGUGCUUCAUAAAGCAAAUCAAUGUCUGGUGAAAAUAACAGCAGAUGCGCUUACCAUCA